AUGAUCUCUACACUCUUAAACUCAGUGGUGAGAGUAUAUGUUGGAGUGCUGUUGAUAACCUACUGCUUUAAAGACGCAGAAACGCAUCGAAAAUUACCUCGCGUGUGCAUUAAAGAUGGAUGUUUAAGAGGAACUUGGCUGAAAGAUCCUCUCCUGCUGAACAAUUCCUAUGCUGCGUUUCUGGGUAUUCCUUUUGCCAAACCGCCCGUCGGUGAUCUUCGGUUUAAGAAUCCUCAACCGGCUGAUUCCUAUGAAGGUGUAUACAAUGCCACAACAGAUAAAAAUGCCUGUAUUCAGAAAGCUCCCGACAUCGCUAGUUCUCCAGUUUUUGGUGCAGAAGAUUGCCUGUAUUUGAAUGUGUUCACACCGCAAAAUGCUUAUUCCCCAGCAUCGAGACCUUUACCCGUCAUGGUGUACAUCCACGGUGGAGCCUAUACAGUUGGAUCGGCCCGAUUAAGCCAACUUGAUCCAGGAAGAAUUAUAACAACAAGGAAGGUGGUGGUCGUCACGCUACAGUAUCGUCUCAGCGUGUUUGGAUUUUUCUCUACGGGUGAUAGUUCGGCGUCUGGAAAUUACGGCCUGAAGGAUCAAGUCAUGGCCCUACGCUGGGUCCAAGAUAAUAUCCGAGCUUUCGGAGGAAAUCCUCGACGAGUCACUAUCUUUGGUCACAGUGCCGGUAGUGGUUGCACUCAGUUUCACAUGUUGAGUCCGCUGAGUCGUGGACUAUUCCAUCGGGUCAUAUCGAUGAGUGGAAGUGCCCUUGCCAAAUGGAGCGCUCCGAUUCCCGAUCCGUUGUCUGUGGCAAGGACCCACGGUCGCAUUUUGGGCAUCGCAGAUGCGGAUUCUAUUUCCACAAUAGAACUAGUAGAAAAAUUUCGAGGAAUUGACGCGGACAUUUUGACGCACAGUAUUGAUCGCUUGAAGGUUUGGGAUAUUCACCUUAACGCCCCAUACCGUCCGACUGUAGAACCUCAAGAUGAACCGGAUGCGUUCCUGACUGAAGCUCCCAAUACAGCCUGGAGUCAUGGGAAGUACGCGAGCGUGGAUUGGUUGACGGGAUCUAUACCAGCUGAUUCUUCGGUUUUCACCCAAAUGGUCUAUCGGAACGAGUCGUUGAUCACGGACCUGAACCUCAGGUUUACUGAAAUUCUUGACCUUCUUCUGCUAACAGAUAUAUCAUCCAAACAGUUGAAACGCUUAAGGCGGCGUUUUCUUAAAACCACUCCUCCUGACAAAUGGAUUACGCCUACAAAUUACGACGAAGUCACUACUAUGCUCUCGGAAGCCGGAUUUCUAUAUCCUAUGAUCAAAAGUGUCAAGGAGCAUAUUCAAAACCGAAAUCAAGCAAGAUCCACUAGCGUGUACUCCUUUCAGUUCCAAGGACGCUAUUCAUUCUCACAAAUCUUGACCGGCACCAACCAGUCGUACGGACUGACCCAUUCAGAUCAAUUGAUCUACCUUUUCAGAAUGCCUGCUAUCUUCCCUGAGUUUCCUCCCGGUUCACCCGAAGCAGAAAUGUGUCAGCUGUGGGUAAAGUUUCUGGUAGAUUUUGCGACAAAAACGAACAACAAAAAGGAGGGAACGUGCACCGCACUUCAAUGUAAUGUGGUGACGUUCGGAAACACUAACAACGUUUAUUUCCCAGUCAAUAAAACGCUCGUACCUGGGUUAGAUGAGGACUUGUACCAAUUUUGGAAGAAAUUUUAUGGAGAAUAA